AGAUGGUCUGGGGGCGCAUAAGACCGCGCGCACUCCGGCCUGCCUAACCUCUGGACUGCCCAGCCAGCCUGGUGACCACGAGUGACCGCGCCCGGGUCUGUGGCUGGUCGCGCUGGCAGCGAGGAGCGGCUGGACUUGGCGCGCUCGGGUGGCAUCCGUGCGCCCCCGGGGACGCGGGUUUCCUGGGCCCGGUGCUCAGAACAUUAAACCGAAACCACUGCUCAGCUCCCAAGAUGGCAUCACCCAAGUUGCAUGUGCUUUUCUGCCUCUGCUGCUGUCUCACACUGGCUCAGCCUUUCUCUUGGCAAGACCCAAGUUCUUUUGUGUCCAGCACAUCUUCAGCACUGGGACGCAGCAGCAUUCCCAGAGGCAAUGGAUCUUACUCCGUGGGAUGCGCAGACCUGAUGUUUGAUUACGCUAAUGAGAGCAUUUUCUUGCGUUUGUAUUAUCCAUCCCAAGGCCCUGAUCAUCUGGAUACCAUUUGGAUUCCAAACAAAGAGUAUUUUUGGGGUAUUGCUAAAUUUCUUGAAACACCCAGGAUUUUAGGCAACAUUUUGAACUUCCUUUAUGGUUCAAUAAUGGUUCCUGCAAACUGGAAUUCUCCUCUGAAGACUGGUGAAAAAUAUCCACUCAUUAUUUUUUCUCAUGGUCUUGGAGCAUUCAGGACAAUUUAUUCUGCAAUUGGCCUUGACCUAGCAUCCCAUGGAUUCAUAGUUGCUGCUGUAGAACACAGAGAUGGGUCUGCAUCUGCUACUUACUACUUUGAGGACCAACUGGCUGCCGAAAAGAAGACCAAGUCUUGGCUUUACCUUAAAACAGUAAAACGGGACGAGGCAGAGAGAGUGCGCAAAGAACAGGUACAGCAAAGAGCAAAGGACUGUUCCCAGGCUCUCAGUGUAAUUCUUGACCUAGACCUUGGAAAGCCAAUGAAGAACAUCCUAGGGAUGGAGUUUGAUGUGGAACAACUAAAGGGGUCUGUUGAUAGGAAGAGAGUGGCAAUCAUGGGACAUUCCUUUGGUGGGGCUACAGUUAUCCAAGCCCUCAGUGGAGAGCAGAGAUUCAGAUGUGGUGUUGCUCUUGAUGCCUGGAUGUUUCCAGUGAGGGAUGAGGUAUACGCCAGCAUCUCCCAGCCCCUCUUUUUCAUCAACUCUGCAAGCUUCCAGUCUUUGGGGGAUAUAACUAAAAUGAAAAAAUAUUGGCAACCUGAUGGAAGAAAAAUGAUCACCAUCAAGGGCUCCGUCCAUCAGAACUUUGCUGACUUUACGUUUGUCACUAGUGACGUAAUUGGACACAAGCUCACCCUGAAAGGCGACAUAGAUUCCACCGUAGCCAUUGGCCUCAGUAACAAAGCUUCCUUGGCAUUCCUACAAAAACAUUUAGGACUUCAUAAAGACUUUGAUCAGUGGGACCCUCUGGUGGAAGGAGAGAAUGAGAACCUGAUCCCAGGAUCCUCCUUUGACGUGGUCACCCAAUCCCCAGCUCUGCAGAACUCUUCAGGAUUACACAGACAGAAGUAGAAAACCGUGUGAAAAGUCUCCUUUGAAAAUUGUCUAGUGUGUGUGUCGGGGGGGGGGUUGUUUUUAAUGUAUUUCCACAGAUGUGUCUUAUUUUUAAACACAGGUUAUACCAUAGAAUAGUGGCUAAGGCCUAGAUUAAGCACCUUUUUUUCCCCUGCAGAUGUAAAGAAAAUAAAAUAGAGUGUGCAAAAACCAUUACCAGUCAAAAUUGUAACUUUACCAAGAUGAUGUUUUUUUUUACU